ACGACUCGGUGCCCGCAGUCUUGCCAGACGACUCGGUGCCCGCAGUCUUGCCAGACGACUUGGUGCCCGUUGUUCCGCCAGUUGACUCGAUGCCCACUGUUCCGCCAGACGACUCGGUGCCCGCAGUCUUGCCAGACGACUCGGUGCCCGCUGUUCCGCCAGUUGACUCGAUGCCCGCUGUUCCGCCAGACGACUCGGUGCCCGCUGUCCCGCCAGUUGACUCGGUGCCCGCAGUCUUGCCAGACGACUUGGUGCCCGCAGUCUUGCCAGGCGACUCGGUGCCCGCAGUCUUGCCAGACGACUCGGUGCCCGCUGUCCCGCCA